AUGUCUUCCAAUGAGGGCGGAUACGUCAAGGCCAAACGGGUGUUCAACCAGCUCUCUCGCCAGCACAUCGGAAGGUGGCCGGAGGACAAGCCGAAAUGGCUUUGGGCGUGGCCCCGGGACGAAAGGGAGUGGCUUUGGGACCCUUUGACUCAUGAGGUGAACAACAUUGCCGAAGGUAUUUUAGCUCCUACAGUGGAACAGAUCGAGGAAACCUUCUGCAAGGACGAAAAGACAGCUUCUGAUCUAGCGGAGGUGAAGGAAAUGGCUUUGACAUCCAUUACAGAGCCAAUCAUGACCGCAGAAAGAGUACAUCGAAAUUGUCGGCGAGUGGUUCGCAUGGCUGAAAAAUCGCUAGAAGAUCAUCCUCCAUCGAUCAAGCUCGACGGUAUGGAGACUCGCGGAGUGACAGUCUCUCAGGGUACCCCUUCUCGAACAGUCAUCAGAGGCCGUGAGGUCGUUGAGGUAACCACCGAAGUUGGCUUCACAGUCGAGCGGAUCACGAGGGAUGAGGAUGCGGCAGACCAGUAUGGCUACUUACGAUGCGUGAGGUACAUCCUGUCAAUCGAACCAGAGCACCCGGACCUGAAGUGCAAUGUCACCCGAAGCAAUGCUAGCGUUUCCUCUGCUAGGACUUCGCAAGGAAGCAGUUUCCAGGAAUCCAUUUGGACUUCCUCCGACAACAACAAUGUGGUGAAUCUCCUCUCCUGCACACGGAGACGCGUCGUGCAAGCCACAGUUUGA